AUGCGGCUAGUUGAGUUUGUUUAUAAGUUUCUCUGUGAUGUGUACUGUCGGAUUCCCGGCUGUUUAGAUAGCCUGGUGCAGAGGAGAGCGGAUGAGUCUUGGACCCCGAGGGUUUCAACCAAAGGUACCAAGUCUGGAGAGGGUGUGGAGCCCCAGGAUGUAGAAUCCCGAGCACGGCCCCUCCUCGCCCGAGACGUCACAGGGGAUCUGGCCCGCCCCUGCCCGCGUUCUACUCUCUGCGCAUGCGUGCUCUCCGAGCCACUCCCUGUCUCUCCCGAGCUGAUGUCACUCUCUCCCCCUUGUUCCACCUCCGAGGUCUCCUCCCCUCGGUCUGCCCCCGACUCUGUCUCCUCCUCCUCUGACGCUGUGUCCACUCCUCCCCCCACCGGUGUGUGCAGCCCGCCUCCCGCCGGCCCCCGGGCCCGCUCCGUGAUCCGAGCCGACCUCCGCACCGGGUCUGAUGUCACAACCGCGCGCCUCCUGCGUCUCACUACGGUGGCCCUUUGGGGCUGCGCAGUUUCCCCCAUUUCGCCGCCCGUGUCUGACGCCCCCGCGCUGAUCUUCAUUACUCGCUCAUUUCCUUCGUCCUCCUCCACUCUUAUCUCGUCUAGGAAGCGUUAAUGUUCUGUGAAGUUUUCAUUGUCCAAAAAAGGGUUAAAAACUCCUCCAAGCAGCUGGACUCCUGGCUGCAUCCCCC